UCCCCGUGCUGCCUCGAUUUCCCUCCUGGGAAGAAUCCGGAAGGAUGAAAGAGACGGAUCCUGCAAAGCUAGUGAGGAUGGAAGGGGGAAGAUGGACGGUUGACCUGGUCAGGUUGUCUCCUGCAUCCCUCCCCACAACCUCUGAGCGUUCCCUCCCAGGGACCUCCGAGAGAUCUGGACCCUGCAGCUUGUUUUGGCUUCUCGACUCCUCAGGAAGGAUGAAAGAGACGGAUCCUGCAAAGCUAGUGAGGAUGGAAGGGGGAAGAUGGACGGUUGACCUGGUCAGGUUGUCUCCUGCAUCCCUCCCCACAACCUCUGAGCGUUCCCUCCCAGGGACCUCCGAGAGAUCUGAUGGUGAUGAAUUGGAAGGGAAGAACAAGGGGGACCACAACAGAAUGCACAUAGUGGAGAAGUCAUAUAAAUAUUCAGAGUGUGGAGAGAACAUCUGUCAGAGCUACCACUCCACCUCACAUCAAGGAAAGAGCUUUGUUUGGAGGGAUAGAAUCUCUUCACAUGAAAGAACUACCGGUAACGGCGGAGAGAAAUUGUAUCAGUGCAGAGAAUGUGGGAAGAGCUUCCGUCACCGUCAGAGUCUCACUUGCCAUCGAAGAAUUCAUACAGGGGAGAAACCCUAUCAGUGCUUGGAAUGUGGAAAGAACUUCGAGGACUUCAGAGCCUUAAUGGACCAGACCUCUGGCCUGAAGAUGGAUAUUCCAUUUUAUAACUUGCUUGGGUACCUGGAGAAUAAAAAGAAAGUUUAA